UUCUGCAGAGCCCGCGGUCAAGUCUGAGCUAAAUGAAGAUAGCGCUGGUGACUCUGUGUUCAAUUUGUUACAUGUGGAGCUCAUAGUAAAGACAGAGAUUAGUGAAGCACAAACGGAGGAAAUUUUGAAUGAAGAUCCACUAGUAAACCCGAUGGCGUCAGAUAUGUGUGAAAACAAUUGGACGUUGCCAGUCACGCCGUCAGCGCAGCGCGCGGCACGUGCUAAGGACCAACUCUCGAGAAUCCACGAAAAAAAGCGAGUGAAACGUAAAAAAGAAAGUAAACCUCACGAUAAACAUACAAAUAAACAAACGAACUGUAAAGAAAAUAAACUAUAUUAUUGUGAAACGUGCGGCAAACAGUCCAAGGCAAGAUAUCUUUUAAUCAGACAUAUCAAAACUCAUAUGACUCGUCGAGAGCGCUAUCCGUGUAAAAUAUGCAAUAAAUCCUUGUUGACAUACUCUGACCUGAAGCGACAUCAACUCAUACACAUAGGGGAGAAACCAUACACCUGCGAAGAAUGCAACUUGAAAUUUUCACAAAAAGGCAACUUGGACAGGCAUAGACGAAUUCAUACUGGGGAGAGACCGUUCGUUUGUGAUGAAUGUGACAAGCAAUUUGCCAGCAAAAGUAACUUGGACCGUCAUAAAAAGCUACACAGCGGGGACAAACCAUACAUGUGCGAAAAGUGUACAAAGCGUUUUACACAAAAAGGUAAUCUGCGAAUACAUAAAUGCAGUGUUUAUAAUAACGGGUAGAUUAAAACAUUGUAAAUUAUCUCAGAUUGUGACAGACCAGUACACGCUUUACAGCAGUUUCUGUGUUUUAUUUUAAUAUUAACUCC